UUCUUGAAUAUACAGCGUGUGAGGAAAGGAAGCCGUAGCAGUAGUAAUGUGGAAGAAAAUAUUAUCUAAUAAUUUAAUUUAAUCCGAGGCUGACAUCCCAAAACGGAGAAACACUCAAAUCUUACACUGUGGAAGCAGUGAUAGUAUACCCCAGAAAGAGUGCAAGAUCACAGUGAUUUUGCCACAUUUGCUUUCCUGAAAGGAAAAAUUAAAAAAGAAAAGAAAAUAAAAAUGGGGAAUCGACGGUUUACUCAGGUGGCAAUGAGCGACGACGAGGACGAAGAACCGCCACGUCCCAAGCAGCAGCCAGCUUCCUCUUGUUCUCCACCGUCGAAGCAGCAGCAGCAGAAGAAGAGGAAGCGCAUGAAGCUGCAGGAGGAAGAAGACGAGGAUGAGGAGAAGGAGGAGCAACUGCAGCAGCAGGAGGAGGAGGAGGAAGAGGAGGAAGAAGAGGAGCGGAAGAGGAAGAAGAGGAAGGGGAAGGAGAAGGAUAAGCAUGUGGAAGAAGAGGAACCCCCUCAGGAAGACGCCAAGCCCAUUGGCGAUCCCAUUAGGGUUUCUGGAAAGGGGAGAGGUAGGAAGAAGCAUUUCGAGUCAUUCGAGUUUGAUGGAAACCAGUACACUCUGGAGGACCCUGUACUUCUUGUUCCUGAGGAUAAGGACCAGAAACCCUAUGUGGCUAUUAUUAAAGAUAUUACACAGUCCCUAAAUGGCAGCAUGAUGGUUACCGGGCAGUGGUUUUACCGUCCUGAAGAAGCAGAAAGGAAAGGUGGUGGCAGUUGGCAAUCACGUGAUACAAGGGAACUCUUUUAUAGUUUCCACCGUGAUGAGGUUCCAGCCGAAUCUGUUAUGCAUAAGUGCGUUGUGCAUUUUGUUCCCAUACACAAACAGCUUCCGAACCGUAAGCAGCAUCCUGGCUUCAUUGUACAAAAGGUGUAUGACACUGUAGAAAGGAAACUCUGGAAGCUAACUGAUAAGGACUAUGAAGACAACAAACAGCAAGAGAUUGAUGAGCUUGUUCAGAAAACCCUUAAGCGGAUGGGUGAAUUGCCUGACAUCGAGCCAGAAGAAGCUCCUUCUGCUGAUCAGGAAGAUGUUAUGAAAAGUAAAAGGAUUUUAAGGAAGAAAGGCAUUUCGCCUCUUGAUGUUUCACGGGAGGAGGAAUCAGGUCGUAAGGGUGACCAACAUCUGAAACCUGAAACACCCGGGAGUUGUGUAAGUAAUUCCUCUGAGCAUUAUCGCAUAUUAGUGGAUUGGAAUAUGUUAACAGGGGAUACCCAUCGUGACAAAGUCCUGGAGAAGUUGCUUCAAAGUGUUCAAUACGUGUUUAAUUCGGAUGACGGCAUAAAGAAGAAAGAGAAAGGAAGUGAAAAUUCUGAUCCAGGUUAUAAUGGAAGCAAUAAUAGAACUUCCCAAUCACCAAAUGAAUGUCAAGAUAAGGUUCAGAAGAGUUCCAAGUCUUUGGUCUGGCCGGAUGCUGCGGUAACAGCUGUAGUUGCUUUGGAAAAAGUUUCACAUGAUACACUUUCAUCGGAUUAUCAGAAGUAUAACCAAAAGCUACGGCAAUUAGUUUUUAAUCUGAAGAACAACACAUUGCUAGCAUGUCGUCUGUUAAAUGGAGAAUUGGAACCUUCAAAAGUAUUUAACAUGACACCCAAUGAAUUGAAGGAGGGUUUGACUGCUGAUGAGAUAUCCAAGAAAGAGCCUGAUGAGUCACAGCACAUGCAGAUGACGGAUGCGCGCUGCAGAAGAUGCAGAGAAUGCAAGGUGGGUUUGAGGGAUAUCAUCCGUGCAGGACAUGGUGACAGAUAUCAGCUGGAAUGUAUUGCUUGCGGUAACUCAUGGUAUGCCUCACGUGAUGAGGUAUCAACACUGACCAUAGAUGCUUCUGAUUCUAAACGGAGUAGUGUAGGGACAGCACCGUGGGCCACUGCUAAAUUCGAGAGUGUUGAGAAGAAGCUGGUGAGCCCUCGUGAACCUGAAAGAUCUGGUAAUGACAUCUUCAAGAAAACAAGCGAAGCAUAUAUGCCUGUAUUGGACUCCCAAAAAUCAUUUGGCAAGUCCAGGAAAGAUGACAACACUGAAGCUACAAAACAAGCUGACUAGGAACAUUCUGUUCUCUAUAAAGUUUGGUUGUACCUAGCAAUCUUUCUUUCUUUUUUUUUUCCCUUCUUUUAUUGGAGUGAUAGUUGCAAAAUAGUCGUGUAUACUGUAUAGUUCUCUUCUAGUCUAGUUUAUUUUGUGCAUGCAGCGCCCUUAUUUCCUCUGUAUAUCAUUAACUGAAUUAAUCACACAAACACUCUCUCUUGCUAAUUUUUAUAAAAACGGAUUCUUACACACAUUUAAGUGA